GAUCACAUCAAUUCGCGCCGCUGGGAGAGGGAGAGAGAGAGACAGCCCCCAAACUUUCUUCCUCAAGAUGAACUGUGGCCACAGGGAAAAGGUAACCCAGUGGCAUUUCUUCGUCUUUAUUCUGUCUAGUGCCGUCGAGUUGGAUAGACGUGGUUUUGGAGCCAGGACCCGGGAUAGUAUUGUUCGUUGUGCAGUCGGAGAAACCUUGAGCCGGAAGAGCGUUCCAGCGAAAGCUGCUACAAAGCGGAAAAAUAAAAAGCAAACCUUCGGAAGAGAAGAAAGCCGAUGCUGAAGGUUGUGAUCUCAGGGAAUCGUCAGUAACUGUUGGAAUUUCUUUCCAUCUCCCGAAAACUUUCCGCGUACCCAUCUGGUGUGGUGCAUUUGAGGGCGGAAGAAAGUGCACAACAGCCCUUGGCGCUGUUCGGAAAACCAAACAGAAAUAAGUGAAGGACUCUGGAGUCCGAAAAGUGUUUAUUGCUUGUUUUCAGUUGAAAAAAUAAAUGUGUGUCAGUUAAAUGAUAAAUAUUUAAGUUACGCUGAAUUGAAGAUCAGCUUGCGAGUGCUGAAUUAACUUGGUGAAAUUGCGAACGGAUGAUGAUGAUGGUGAUUGCAGGUCGCUUAUCGCAAAGGAUUAACAAGUGAAUAAGUCGACACUGGCCUUCGGCCGAAUUAACACGAUUUCACCAGAAAGGUAUUAAUUAUUUUUCGGAGAGAUUGAAAGUGGUACUCUCACACAUUUAAUCGCAGCCAAGUGCAUAGUCGAAAAUAAAAACAGGAAGUGUGAAGUGAGAUGACAAACUCGCGCAUGUGGUUAAAACAGUGAAAGCCUAUCCACAGGCCCGCGAUAGGGCAGAAGAAAUCGAAAAGCUGAAGAAAACAAGUUGACCGAGAAAACGAGAACAGGUUCGUCGCUAGCUGGAUGACAAAUUGAAGUCUCUAUCUCUGUCGCUCGUUGGUGGAUUCGAAGCAUCAGCACAAACGGAUUGGUCGAGGAAGCUUCCCCUUUUUAGGAGACGCAGGAGAAACGUUUUACGAGUCAGCAAAGGCAAGCUCAGACCACUUGGCGGAUUUCCAUCCCCUAGGAAACCUUGAAAGGUGAACUGAAUGUCAUUUUGAGCGUAAUAAGCGCUAGCUAUAAUCAACAACAUACUUCUCAAAAUGGGAAAAAGAAAUCGCCAUUCGCCUAUAGGAACAACUAUAUACGCCAUUCUCUGCGUAGCGGCACUAACUAAGGCUAUAAAUUUCGACGACGAUUUGGAGGAUUUAAUCGCAGAAGAAUCCAACAUGGACGACGAAGUUUACGGGGGAUACGUUCUUCCAUCGGAUGUGUUCAACGGGGGUAAACCAUUUUUCGUCGAACGAGACCCAUCGACUGGUGCAUUCGAUUUCAAUCACAAGAAGACCGCCAAUCAGAUCGAUGUAGAUGAGAAGGGUUCAUAUGGCACAAAAGACAGUCACGUUAGUGACAAAAAGGACGUUGUUCUCAGUCAGUCGUCCCCGAAUUUCCACGAUUUUUUAAAUUUGCCGGUUAAAUACACACCGUCAAAGUUCGUGUAUCCCUUAAUAUCCAGCUCAUACGCAAACCUAAAGUAUCAAGGCAGCAACAAGGUUUCGAAUCACAAAAACUUCACUGUUCUAGCAUCAACCACUACCACAGCACCGAAAGCCCCAUCUACACGACCUCAGUACCCAACCACCCGACAAAACACCACCCGUCAACAACCGAAUACGACAACCGCUCUAGCGACACCUUCUUCGACCAGAUACACAUAUCCGAUCACUUCUGGACGACCAAUUACUACUACGACGACAACAACGACCACUGAGAUUCCCUCGACACCAGCAACAGUGAAGCAACUUUUUACUAGAUAUCCAUAUAAAAGUACCAUAAAGAACAAAUACCUCGAGACUUCGGAAACCCGCAAGAAAUUCUUCUUACCAUCGACACUAUCUAUGCCAACUAUCACGACUACCCAGAAGCCUCAAUCGACGGAACCGCAAACGACUCCUGUGCGAUCAUCUACCUUUUACUCGCCAUCUGUUCGACCGUGGACCAGUCCAAAAACAACCCUCCAACCAACAACACCAACCGAAACUACCACUGACUCUCGUCCCAUGAACCCAAUCCGCUUCGAAGACAACGACCACCAGACUCCAAUCGAGGAAGACACCACCCCCAAAAUCAAAUUCACUAUUCCAGCACUGAAAUACGAAGGCAAUAGACCAGCACCCUUCCGGCGCCUUCCAUCGAGUCAUGUUCAGCAAAUAAACCAGAAAAACCAAACGAGCAAUAAAAUAGAGUUACCAAAAAAUCCCGCAAUGACAAUGUCUCUAUCCGAUAUCUUCAACACACUCGGCCAAGACGAUGGCAAAGAAACUGCAAAGGACCGAGAAAAUACGAUAGUGUUUGAAACGACGAUACCUCAAACAACUCAGCACACGACACCACCUGCGAUUGUUCUGAUUCAAGACCAACAACCGCAAUUUACCGGUCAUACGGAAGUGAAGAUCGAGCAAUCGAUCGAUCAGAGCGAUCAGUACGUCAAUUAUGAAGUACAGCAGUCGAACGGUCACCGACCCCAAAAGCCUAUCGAUGAACAGUACGUACAGUAUGAGGUUCACCAAUCGAAUGGUUAUCGACCACAAAACCCUACCCCUGCUCAGAAAGAAUCUAAUAUUGGUAAUCAAUAUGUAAAGUAUGAUGUACAGCAACCACAAAUGAACGUUGUCAAGUUUAGUUCAGUUCCAAGCAUGAACAGUGUGGUAAUAAGUCCGAACCAGCACUCAGCGACAUUUGUAUUAGGCUCCCAACAAUCGGUUGGUAGUUCUUCUGAUGGACAUUUCGUCGGAUCGGUUUCGCAAGAAGCCGCAUCUGCAGCGCUGAAUGGACAUCCUUCCGGAUAUCAAAUGGGGCAAGUUUUGGAUGAACCAAAGGAAACAUCCAAUGUACAAGUCGGUACUUCGGUCAACGUGCAAGUUAAACCUCAAGAUAUUAUCAAGACCACAAGUGUUAGAUUCCCGAGUGAAAGCGAUGACAAGUAUGAAAAUGCACCUAUUAUCAGUGGAACUCACAAGAGUGAAGUACUGCCGCCCAAUGGUCACUCGGCACCAAUUGGCAUGGGCUCGAAUCAAAUGGUUGUUUUUCCCAAAGAUGAUAAGAUCGACAGCACGUUGCAUGAGGUAUCCAACAGAAUUGUUUUUGAUACACCAAACAACGAGACUCCAAAUCAAAACGACCUAUCCAACUACCCGUCGGAACUUCCCGAACAAUUGACUCCUCCAUCGAAUCCUGAGACUACUCAAAUGCAGAAGCGCCCACGGUUGCCGAUACCAGCUCAGGGACCACCAUUUAUGUACAAGGAAAUUCAACGCAGACCAUUUCCUGGAGAUCGCAUUCGCCCACCACUAAAACUCCCCAACAUUCUGCCUCAAUUCCGUCCGAACGCGAAAAUAUCUCACGGCCACCCAAAUCACCACAAAGAAGCUGGAACUCUUCGUGUACCACCACCUCUACCAUCCAAGAAUUUCCUAUCAAACGGACCACCACUCAGGACUCAACAUCCAGAACGGCCAUCGGUACAUCCCCAAACACUCCCAUCAACCUUACCAAUCCGUCGCUCUCCCGUUCCCACCCGAUUCAUGACCCAAAUGUACACAGGCCGUCCGAAUAGCAUGCCUCCACCACCGGGUCCGUACAUGGAUGGUUCAAAUGAAAACCGCCGAUAUUAUCGUCUGCCUCCACCAAUGAUGAAGGAUCGCAUCUUUCAUAUCACUCCCCCGAAUCUCAGACCUCCGCCUCCUCCUCCAGCUUCUCCCGCUACACGAUUCGUUGAUAGUUACGCUUUACCGACUCCCGAAAAACUUGUUCAAACAGACAAAUCAACCGAUACUGAAAACAAUGAAUUCCAGCGAGAUCCUCCAACUAUCUUGAAAAAUGCGAUCAACGAGGAUAAACCCCAACGCCCAAAACUGGAACCCGUAGUAACCCUACAAAUGCUUCAAUCGAAGAAGCAAACAUCCGAAUCUCAAAAACACAAUCUCCCAUCGGGACAAAAAGUUGACUUGGCAUUGGAAGGGCAUCCUCCUUCGACCUCUCUACAAGGUAUCAACGCUGAUACUAAACAAUCGGUAUACGUUGUCUAUCCAGUAAAAAGUACCCCCAUGAAAAUGGAUACAGUCCAAUCGAGCAGCAGUUUGGAUCCGGUGGUCAUCGGCCAUCGUGGUGAUCACCUCCCAAUACAUCCAUCCAUGGUCAGCCCGGGAACCGAGUACCAAAACACACCCUUUUCAAUAGCAUCCCAUUUCGAACAGGAGCCCAUUCUCAUGGCCAAAGACAAAAAACACCACCAGAAAGUACAGUUUCCUUACAAUCUGGAAAGGCCCGACCCUCAGGCGUUAGUCGAAAUGGAAAACGAGUUCAAACAUCGCAGGCCUGAAAUGAGCAAAGAAAACAAACUUGACAAUAUUUACAACAUCGGCGAAGAGCCAAUCAGCAAAGAGCAAUCGGAGGAAUCCGUUAUUUCGAGCAAACUACAGCGUAUUACCGAGAGCACACCAAUCGCAAUCGCCUACACACCGACCGAAUCAAACUUGAAGUACAAAUAUAACUUACAAAAUUCACCAUACUACUCGCCCUACGGAGAAACCCAGACGGAAGUCUCGUACCUCAAACUGGAUGAGUUCGACGAAUUCGGCAAUCCAGCCCAUCGUUACGAGCAGAGCUUCCAGGCUCCGUUCCAGGCCAGUAUCAGUUUGGAUCCCGUUAAAGUUACUAACCCUUAUGAAGGAUGGGCCGUCGUAACUUCUCCCCCACAGGCACUGGUUCAAGAACAGAAAAACAUUGACCGUUCAGAUGAUAGCAUCUACAGUGGGAAAAAUCCAGUUACCAUCAAACCCUUCGAUCAAGGUAGCGGCUUUCACCCCGAACUCCAAGGAGGAUUCCGACCGAUUUACGCGGAGGAUGUAAAACUAAGCGAAUCAAUGAACCCAGAUCCCCAGACUAGAAAUUCUUUCCUUAUGCCACGAGACGACGAGGCACAAUCAAAGCCAGAAGAACAUGAAAAGCAAACAGGGUCAGCGAUGAAAGGAGCUCAGAAGACGGAAAAUAAACCAUUAUUUGACAGUUUGGAGGCAUUUUUCGACAAUCUAACAAAGGAUUACGAUGAACAAACGGAAUUGAUGGCGCUGGAUGGUGAAGAGAAUGAAAUUGAAAAGAAUACCGCGAAAAGUGCAAAGGAGCAGGAAGGAAGAAGUAAUGACAGCACUGCGACUGAAGUAACAACGGGUGACGCAUCGAAGACAGAAAUGGCUCUGGAUAAGACCGCCACUACAGAAGCGAGUGUUCAAAAAGAGAAUCAGUAGGGGAUUUCGGCAUCGGGAUAAUUGAACACAAGUUUGUUUUGCAACGAACUCUGUGUGUACCUCUGUUAGAAGCUCUCAGCGUGACAGCUGACAGCCAUUAAAGAGUGAAAUGCAUUUUGAGGUUAUGUUAACUAAACCUCACACACAAACACACAGUAAAGCUAGAUUUUACUAAAGAAAAUCGUAAUUACUUGAGUAUCUAAUGUUAAGUGUACAUUUCUGGGCACGAUUUAGCUUCCUCCAAUCCAAAUUUCAGCAGUCAAAGCCACCAAUACAGUAGUAAAUUGGAUGAAAUACAUCCGCAUAUGCUGCAGAAACUUAUACUUUGAAAACAUUAAAGAAGCUAGUCAGCUAAACUUGAUAUUAGAUACUUGAUAAACCAAUUAAAUAGUAAAUGAAGCUACGAAAAUGAAAACACCGAAAGAGAUCCAUCCGACUCUUUCUUUUGUCUGUAUAAGUAUGUGUAAUAUUAGACUGACACUGUUUUGUAACAAAUCGAAAACAAACAAUAGGAUUUAACGGGCGAAUCUGACGCAUGUGAAAAGCGUGACAUUUGUUAUUAGUGAUCACUGCAUUGUAUUAACAUUAUCGGUUAAGUGAAUAGGUAAAACAUAGUUAGUUUUAGCGACAAUCGUUCACACUUUCCCGGUUUGCCUUCAAAUAUUCCAGCUAUAUUUCGCUCGACGUGUAAACACAACUGUAAUACCAACAUCGACAGCGAAUGUUUAUAAAAUUCUAUCUUUUUGCUACAUUUAUACUGCAUAGAUUUAGUGAGCGAUUGCUUUGGACGGGGAUUGUAAUUAGUAGCUAGAAAACAACUAGGAUUAUUUUAAUUUAUUUAUGAAUUUUUUCUGAAGGAACGUGUUACACUGACAGAAGUUGGCUCUGACCAAUUCUUAAUCAGCAUAUUAAUCUGUGAACAGCACUAUCACUUUAGCAUAUGGUAAAAAAGUAUGGAAAUAAAUCUACCUGAAAUAUUU